CGCGCGCACACGCGUUUACGCUUUUGUUACAUAGUGCGCAUGCGCAAUUCGCGGCAGAAGAUGGUGGACGAAGUAACGAAGAAGAGGUUGGCCUCUAUUCCUCUGCUGCGGACUCGGGCAGGGCCGCGGGACGGAGACCAGUGGGCCACCAGACUCAAGGAGGAGUACACGAGCCUCAUACAGUACGUGAGCCAGAACAAGGACUCGGACAACGACUGGUUUCGGCUGGAGUCCAACAAGGACGGCACCAGGUGGUUUGGCAAGUGCUGGUACAUCCACAACCUCCUGAAGUAUGAGUUCAACGUCGAGUUUGAUAUUCCUGUCACGUAUCCUACAACAGCGCCAGAGAUAGCUCUGCCUGAACUGGACGGGAAGACAGCCAAGAUGUAUAGGUAUAUACACCUCACAGUCUGUAUCUGCCAAUACGAUCCUCUGUGUGUUGUGCUGCAGAGGAGGUAAGAUAUGUCUCACUGAUCACUUCAAACCUCUGUGGGCGAGGAACGUACCAAAGUUUGGAAUAGGACAUGCUAUGGCACUGGGGCUGGGACCAUGGCUGGCGGUGGAGAUACCAGAUCUCGUACAGAAAGGCCUCAUUCAACAUAAACAGUCCGCAUCUCAAUGACCAUAUAAUCAAUCACACGGUGUAUUGGUAUUGUCAUUAAAUUUUUCAUGGAAAUCAUAAAGUAAAAAAUUAUCACAGGAUUUUGAUACCAAAAAGUGACAUGUAUAGACCCAUUGUAUUAAGGCAUGGGACGAGCUGUUUGGGUGGUGUCAGUCAUCAGUGGUUCCACCGUCCCACUGGAGGAUGUUCUUGAGUUCCUCCACCAGAGUCUCGUGGCGGUAGGCCACUCUGAUGUUGGGGACAUUGGUCCGUGUGAUGUCGUUCCCAGCCGGUCCCUCUUCGUUGUAGUUUACCCCCAACCAGUGCUGUUUCACGCAGUCCUCGAAGCUGCUCAUGAGUACAGAGUUCUUGGCCAGCUCACACAUGUCCACUGCAUUCAGUUUCCACACCUGAGCUGCUAUACUGUACUCCUCCAUCAGCGGCUCCUGUGUCACACAUAUAUACACAGGCACAGUGCUCAUGGAAGCUAGCACGCAUGAUGUUUCAAUGACAAGGUAAUGAGGUAGAAAGGCAAGGCAACAAGUCAACUACGUAUGUACGUGCAAACUACGUAACUGCUUUUGGAUGCAAAGGUGGACAAAAAUUAAUACUCUCGGCUAUAUUUUAGCACAGUGGAGGCUAGCAUUUAUGCUCUGUUUGUGUUCCCGACAGUCCAUUGACUGUACAGGACCUUGACUCGUGCUUUGUGCACAAGUGUCCUCUAUUCAGUGGUUAGAACUGGUUCAAACACUAAUAGAGACCCCCAGUCUACACUACUAUAAGUAUGAGAGA